AUGACCUUACACCGGGACCUGAGACGGUUUAUUAACGGCCGACUAACUGCUGCUGCUGAAGAAAUCUUCCUGGAGUUUGAAAAAACGAUCGUCCAGUACGAGGAAGUGAUCGACCGUCAGCGCAGACUGCUGGAGAUCACCUGGAAGCCUCAGAUAAAGCUAAGCAGAAUAGUCCGUGGGCCCAGCAGCACGCAGAGCUGGGCCGGGCUAGAGCCUCUGUCAGCGGAUAGCGAGCCAAAGCCAACGAAGAGACUCGCUAAAAGCAGGAGUGACAGUGCAGAGCGCGCUCCCGUGUCAGAGAGUCAGGGCGAUGCAGACGCAGACCUCCGACCGCGGCGCCUCUCCGAGGAUGAGGAGGUUCUCGUGAACCGGGAGAGGGACGCCAGCCUGAACCAGGAGGAACCAGCAGCUCGACGGAUCAAAGAGGAGGAGGAGGAGCUCAGCAUCAGUCAGGAGGGAGAGCUGCUCGUUCUGGACGAGGACAGCGACACCAUCAUGGUGACUGUUACGUACGGGGAAAGUGACGACAGCGACCCGGAGCCGGAGCCGGAGCCGGAGCAGCUCCCGUCUCGCAGCUCUCCUGUGGCCGAGAGCCGGCGUCAGGACAGAGGCACCCACGUGGAAUCGGGAUCGGCGGUGCAAGCGAUGUACAACAGCGUGGACAACGCCCUGAUAUUCAGCGGCCCUGUUUACAUGCAAAGCUUCAGGAAUGAACCUCUGAUGAUGCAACAAGACAUAAGCGACCCGGACGAGAAGCCAUACCCCUGCAAAAUAUGCGGGAAACACUUUCGUAAACGUUUUAAUCUGGAGAUCCACAUGAGGGCUCACACGGGCGAGAAGCCGUUCUCGUGUAACGUGUGCGGGAAAGGUUUCACGCGGAAGGACAGCGUGAUCCUGCACAUGAGGACCCACACGGGCGAGAGGCCGUUUAUCUGCGGCUUCUGCGGGAGGCGGUUCGGUCGGAAGGAUAAUUUGGCCUCCCACAUGAGGAUCCACACCGGCGAGAGACCUCAUUCCUGUAAAAUCUGCGGCAAAAGCUUCUGCCAAAGUAACGACUUGUUGCGCCACACGAGGACUCACGCCGCAGAGAAGCCCGUUCCCUGCGACAUAUGCGGGAAAAGAUUUCGGGACGCCUCGACGAUGAAUUUUCACAAAAAGAGGCACAAGUGAGAAGUCCCGAAGUGUACAAAUAAAAUACAUGUAUGCUGUG